AUGAGCUCUCUCGCCUCAGCCGGCGCAGAAAUUCUCACCGCACAGUCGGCUUUCGCCGUCCGUUAUGUGUCCACUCUUGCAUUUGUGAUCCUCUAUUAUGACUACUUCUUGACCCUGGGGCCGGAGGUCGACCGCUAUUGGAAGGGUGGCUUCAGCCUUGUUUCCUGCGGAUAUUUCCUCAACCGCUACCUCUCCCUCUUUGGUCACGUCCCCGUGAUGAUAGAGUUUUACAUGUUGCACGACGAGGUCAUGUCAGUUCAUCUAUGCACGCGGUUCCAGGUAUACCACCAGCUCCUCUCUGGGGUCACGCAGGUCAUUGUCGGCCUGCUCCAGGUCUUGCGCUUGUAUGCGUUGUAUGGUCGCAAUCGCCGAAUCGUGGUCUCACUCCUCACCGUGAUCGGCCUGAGCUGUGGCACCAGCUGGUGGGCAGCGACCAAGACCUGGCACGCAAGCGAUCCCACCGCCUCCGACCUCAGUCAUGACCCACGCUUCGUCGGCCUCUUAGGGUGCGGCCUUGGGCUGACCUCCGACCAGGGCUUUUACAUCGCGAUCGUGUGGGCGACCGUGCUCGUGUUCGACGUCAUCGUGUUCGCGCUGACCGCGUACCGCGUACUCCGGGUGGGCAAGAAGUGGCACGGCAGCCUGUUCACGCUGCUGCUGCGCGACGGCGCGCUGUACUUUGGGGUGUUGGCGAUGUUCCAUCUCACAAACAUCCUCACGUGCUUGCUCGCACAGCCCGCCUACAGAGGGAUCAGCGUCACCGCGACCAACGUGCUGUCGACAUCGCUCAUCGGGCGCCUCAUGCUCAACAUCCGCGACCCCGACGCGCGCGACGUUCUUCGAUGGCCCUCGGACGUCGAACUGAGUGCAGAGAAUGCCGUUUGA